AACGUUAUUAGUGUUUAUUGAGAUUGCGCGUUACUGAGAAACUUUGUUUGUAUAUAUUGCUUCUGAUUCUCCUGUACGGAACGUGUGCACGGUAAACGAUAUGUAUUCUCAGCAACAAAGUUAUCCGAAGAUUUGGUCUACCUUUACCGGUAAAAAGGAUAGGAAAUCUUAUGAGAUUCGAGAUGCAAGGGAGGAACAUUACGAAGCUAUGACCCAGGGGAUGAUAAAUCAUUUCUUGAGAGAAGAACCCACAUGUAAAUAUCAAGGAUGUUACGAUGACAACGAGUUUAUUGAUGAAUUGAAGGAUAUUUGGUUGGCUUGUUAUAAGAGAAAAAUGAGCUUGGUUUGCUUGGAUGAAAGUUCUAAUGUCGCUGGAUUUUUGUUGCUUACGAAAGAAGAAAUUAAUGAUGAACCAAUUAUAGCAAGAAAUGAAAAAUGGAAGAAAAUUUGCGAUAUAAUCGGUUACAUUUCUACGCAGAAAAAUCCUUUUGAAACGUUCAAAAUUACAGAAUAUUUAUCGGAUUUGGGAAUGCUGGUUCUACCGGAUUAUCGUGGACAAGGAAUUGCUGAACAUCUGCUGAACACUUGUGAUUUAGUGGCGAAGCAGCACAAGCUCUCAUUACUUGCGAUGACGUUCUCAUCGUACAUGUCGCAAUCGUUAGCACACAAAUUGAGUUUCCUAGAACUCUACAGAAUAUCAUUUGAAGAAUUGAGAAAGAUAGACGCCGUCAAAUAUGGUAUCGACAACAUCGAGGAACACACGAAAGACAUCCAGUAUUUAUACAGAUUAUAUAGAUAA